AACAUGUUCAAAAUAAAGAUUAAAUCAAUCAAUCAAUCAAUAAUAACUAAUGUAAUAGUUAAUCUAAUAGCAAAUAAUAAAAGUGAAAAAAAAAAGUUCAGUGAUCAUAGGAAGUCCCCAGCAGACUUGGCUUAUAGAGUUACCUUAUCCAGCCCUAACUCUAAGCUAUAUCAAAAAGGAAAGUUUUUAAGUGUAAUCUUAAAAGUAGAGAGGGUGUUUGUCUCCAAAAUCCAAACUUAAGAGGCCUGAAAGCUAAAGGCUCUGCCUCCCAUUUAACUUUUAAAUAUCCUACGAACCACAAGUAAGCCAGCAGUCUGAGAGCGAGGUACUAUCAGGUCUUUAAAAUAAGAUUUGACCUGAUUAUUCAAGACCUUAUAGUAUGUGAGGACUUUUAAAUGUGAUUGUUAGUUCAACAGAGAGGCGAUGAAGAGAAGCUAAUAUGGGAAAAAUAUACUCUCUCUUUCCAUUCCCUGUCAGCAUUCUCACUGCAGAACUGCAGAUCAUCUGAAGGCAACAAUCCAUUUUUUGUUGUCACUGUGACAUUUGAUGUUUUCAUAUAGAGGAAAUUAGUUUCCUCUCUAAUUAGGACUGCAUGUAAACCUUCAAUAUAACUUGUAUUCAGAAAACAAAAUCCCUCAUGCAAUAUUUCAAAACAGGUCAGAAACGACACCAUUAAUCAAGUGUGUUAAGUCAUAGCACAUUAAAUUUCAAUUUUGCAGCACAGUGUAUCUGUUAUUUCCAUUAUUAAAAUGUAUUUAAAUUGUAUGCACCAUUCUGGGGGAGGAAAUAACCAAACCACCUUUUGAAACUACUUGAAUAGAUGUGUGGUUUAAAGACCAGACCAGUGUUGCCUCACUGCAAGAAGGUCCUGAGUUCGGUUCCACCAUCUGACCUUUCUGUGUGGAGUUUGCAUGUUCUCCCUUUGUUUGUUUGGGUUCUUUCCGGAAACUAUGGCCUCCUCCCACAGUCCACAGACAUGCAGUUAGUGGUCAUUCCAAAUUAGGUGUGAAUGUGAGGUGGGAAUCUGAGUGCGAGUGGUUGUUAGACUUAUGACAAACUGGCAACUUGUCCAGGGUGUACACUGCCUCUUGCCAUAUGGUAGCUGGGAUUGGCUCCCUAAAAAGGAUAAGCGGAAGAGAAUGUAUGGAUGCUGAAAUGCUGUUGUAUUAAAUUAAAGAACUCUGUCAACAUGUAUCGUAAGAAGUAAAAUGACAGAAAUCUGUAAGUUAAUAACUUUGUCUAAAACUUUUAUAUCAAAAAGUUGCAGUUACCAGUCCAAAAUUGAUGUCCUUCACAUCCAAUGGUCCUUAUUGGAGUCUUUGCCGGGCCGAUUCUGGCUCCCGGACCUUAUGCUUGACACUCCUGCGGCAAAGCUAUAUGCAUAUAUACAGGCGUUGUCUCCUGCCGUUGCGCUACCCCUGCUCCUAACCACUGCAGCCUCAUUAAUGGACAGCCCAGUGGCCGUUCCCGAUGUCACAGUGUCAUUUGAAAACUCUGUGUCUUUCCCUUAUAUUGCUAUGAUAUGAGGCUGGACCUGACACCAUUAACCACUUUGUCCUUGCUUUAAGCAUGGUUUAUCUAGUUGCCGUGGCGAUGGUGACCUUGCAGCACAUUACUGGUGGUACUGCAGCAUAAGGUGUUGUGUGAACAAGGAAUGAGUAUAGAGACAGCGAGAAGGAGAGAUAGAGGGGGCUGAGACAGUGGGCGAAUAAAACGAGGACAGCUACUAUUAAAAGACUAGCCACGUUCACAGAGUUGUUUAUGUCACAUGAUACUGCGAGUGCAACUUAGCAGAAGGCGAGCAGAUUUGUUUGAAGAAUAAAGACUUGGGGAGAGAAAAAUAAGUGAAACACUGAAGCAUGCAUGUGUAAAGAAACAGAAAAGGAGAACAGGUGGCGAUUAGGGUACGAGAAAUGAAGAGAGAUGAGAAAUGUUGAAAUGAUAUCACAGCAGAAUGCCAGGCGUGCUUUUUAAAACUCUGCUUUUUGCCCUCCCAGCUUUCCCCUUUGAUUCCUCCUCUUGCGUACCUGCCAGUUCACACCUUGAUUUUCCUGUCUUACUACCAGACACCGACCUCUGUCUCUUACAGACUUGUACUAAUUGCUCCUGUUUGCCUCUUAUCAAUCCCUUUCCAGCUUCUAGCCUUUUCCUGUCACCACCUUUGGUCUCCUUUACUCUAUUUGUCUCUCGCAGCCUCCCCACCCCAUACAGGCUCUCCCUGAUGUGCCUAUCAGUAUAAAGGGCAGCUCAGGUCGUUUAUAGAUGAUAUCCUGGUCAGCCGGUGAUGUGGUGUAAUAUGAAGCGUCCAGCAUCUGCUUUUUGCUGCUGCUGCAGUCAGCGCCCUUUAACCUCUCACAUUACUGAAUUUCCCCUUCUCUUUUUUCCCAGUCCUUGCCUCUUACGCCACCAACUUCUUCCUUAAUACCGGCAGUGUAAACUUACUGAACAAUUAAAUUUGAGCCAGAAGAUAAAAAUCCCUGUUUCUAACCUGCUGUAUUCCCAAAAUCCAGAGAGAAAGAGCAUAAAAAACAGAUUCUGAACUCUUGGCUGAAUUUGUAACACUUAAAGAGUGGCUGAACCAUCAACUUACUGCAUGAACACACAAGACCUUUCAAAUGCUAGACAGCAACUCCGAAGGCACUUUAAUAGAUCAGAGUUUAUCCUGUGACUCUCUUGGGGAGUUAUGUUUUCAAGCAUAUUAUUUUCUCUUAGUUUCCAGCAAGCUUCUGUUUCUCAGUGAACUGUGUUUGGUAGAUCAUCCGUAGGAAAUCAAACAUGAAGGAACCUGCUUUCUAGCUUUCUUUUCUUCACCUUUGGUUUUAUUUUUUUUCCCCUUUUCUGGAAGUCAUUCAAAGUGAAUAAAUGACUCAGAUCUCUGGCCUGCAUUCACAAAAAUCUUCCUCAUUCUUCCUCUUUUUGUCUGUUCUUUACUCUCAGAUGCAGGGCUGCAUGUUGCUUCAGUUAACAGCUCAGUUUCAUGUGUGUUAUGCUCAACAGUCCAAAUUAAUAUUAUGGUAUGCAACUAUAUAAAAAAUAACACUGACAUCAUUCUGAGCAACGAAUGUAUAAUUAGUUAUAUCUAUGCUACAAAUGGCAGUGUUGUUUUUCUGUUUGGCCUGUCUUUCUGUUUUAUUGGCUGGCUUGCCAUUUUGGCUCAGACAUCCUGACCAACUCCUGAUUUAAGUCUCAUGAAAUUUUACAUGAAUAUUUUCAGGUUUUUGUAGCCUACCUUGAGUUUUUCAUGUGUGAGCAGGCUGUGGUUGCAUGCAGAUAAAAGCUGCGUGUGGCAAGCAAAUUAGAUAUAGCGUCCAGAAACCAUGAGCUGUAACUUUUUAUUACCUUCUUGUUCUUUAUCUGGAUGUGGAAACAAUGACCAGAGGACAAAAAUGGAAAUCUUGACUCAAAUAUUUGGAUAACAGAAAGCCACAAAAACAUUGGCUGUUGUCCCCAGAGGCAAAUUAGGCUGAGUCGCUCAUGGGGUCACAGAUUUCUCAAUUUUGAGCAUUACAUGCAGCUUCUCACAGACAUAACAUGAUAUUAUUUUUGUUGAGUCUUAUUUUUGUUCAAAGAAGUUGCCAAAUCAGUGUUACCUUUGCAAUAUUAUAAAGGUGUUGCAGAUAUGUUAGUAAGAGGGUCUUAGUAGUCAGUACUUCCACAGCAGGGGUGUCACUCUGAGCUAAAUCAGUGUGUUUUUCCUGGUCAGUUGUCAUAUGCAUGAAAUAAUGUAGAGUUGGGCCAAAUGAAUGGCACCGUUUUACCAGACAGAUUAACACAAGAUCAGAUGGCUCUCUUUAAACGAGGAGAUACGUGAACCCUGGUGACACUCGGCAUUACAGUCUGCUUUGUGCUGACCGCAUGUCAACAGCUGGGAUUGGCCUGGAAUGAGACAGAAUAUUCAGCCAAUAUUUUAUUCUUUUUAAUGAACUCUAUGUGUGUGUGUGUGUGUGUGUGUAGGGGUGCAUGUGUCUGUUUGGGGUUUGAAGAAAUCGGGGUGUUUUGUGGGAGUGUAACAUCCCCAGGUUUCUGCACUCCAACUUAUUACUUUGGCUAGUUGAUCUGAUGGUGUAAUAAUAUCUUCUGCCUCAGGCUAUGGGAAAUGGCCACAUGCAUUAUUCACACGUGGUAAGAUGUUUAUUGAUGACUUCUUUAUUUAUAUAUUUCCUCUGUGCCAGAGUCAUUUCUCACAUUUGUUACCUCUUAGUUUUAAUCCUGCUUUGAGGUGAGAGUCGACUAAGGUGCCUCACUCCCUUCUUCAUGUGGAACUGGCACUAAUAAUGCAUGUAAACGUGGAGCCCCAUUACAUCUAUAUUAUUUUGUCAUAGCUGUUUCAUUUAGGAUAUUCCAGAACCCACAGAAAGCAUAACGCUUAACAGAAAACUAGCAUGCCAUUGCCUUAGGACUCAAGGGUAAGUUUGUCUAAUCAAAUCCAUGUACAUUCUCUGUUUGUUUUCUUUUUAUCCAUGCAGCCUUGCAAAUGAGGCAUAUUCCCUUUUAUAUGAGCAUAUGCGAGAGUUCAGUGCAACUGAACUGUGGGGUUAUGCUCUGAUGUCUCAUGUCCUUUGUGCUUAGACCAAAUAAAACAAGACUUUUAACCAGGAGACCCAGGAUCAUCCCCCACGUGGGAAUAUAGUUUUUGAUGCACUUCAGUUAUGAUUCCAUUGUUUUGUGUUACAUUGUUUACUUAGGUUACAGAAAAGUACAACUGUUGUCCAUUUUCUGGUCAUGCUGAUCAACACUUUGAAAAAUUAUAAACAUAAUAUAGUGCAUGUGAGACAUUUACACUUUUGAAACUACUUUUAAUAAAUGAAAACAAUAAAAAAUGUUGAAACUUUGUAUUUUUAAUGUGGAUUUUGAAAAACAAAAAUGUUAUGUGUCCUUUAAAAAUGGUGGUAGGAAUGCUGCACAGCUAUGGUGGUUAACUCAUAGGGUAUGAUUCUGCAAUGGAAAUGUUUGCAAGGCUUAGGAACUGUCCUAUGAAGAACACUGUCCUGUAGUCUGGCAAAUCAAGUUUAAAUAUGACAUCAUAGCCACUUGGCUCACAGUUCAAAUAUAAUCAGAGCACAUGGGAUAGCUGGCACAGGCACAUACAUGUUAUAUAAUGCAUGUUUUCGGAGAAACGUAUGCUUCUUUGUAUGAAAGUGAAGGUUUUGCUCUGCAAAGGUUCAAACUGAAAGCGUCUGUAUGGCAGCCAUAACACGAGACAGAUGACUUCUGUAAAUACUAAGGAAAGGUACUUUGGUGCCUACUUUGUCACACUGCUUACCAUCGGAUGCACUAGUGCAUCUUUAAUAAGAGGAAAGAAGAUAAUGGCUUUAGUUCGGAGAAUUCGAAGCUGUUCGAGGAAAAAAAUGAUUACACAAAUCGUUUAAAUGUUAAUUACCGGUGCAUUUCCUACUAUAACUUGUAGAUUUGAUGAUAUGUUUUAGACAUACAACAGUUUGUUAUUCUCGUGGGUGAGCUAUGGAUAUCAUGCUGUUUUAUUAGAAUCUGCAUUAGUUAGUACCAAGGUUUAAUAUGUUUUGUCACGGGGUGUAAACGGACUCACGCGCAGACCAGGGAUCCUUGCAAGGAAGACAGUGAAUUUAUUUACUUUCCCGGGUCUGGGAAAGAUCUGUACACAGAAACUCCGGUUAGAAACAGACUGAUUGCUCAACGAUACAGCGAUGAGUAGCAUCGUGCUGCCAUCUUAAGUAGGGCUCGGGAUUGCGACGAUAGGCAGCAGGUGUGGAGAUAGCAGGUGCGUGGGCCAGGGGCGGGAGCCCAUAAUGAGCACUGCCCCGGCAGGAGAGAGAGAGAGAGAGAAAGAGCAAAAACACAUGGUGAGGCACAGGGACCAUGACAGGUUUAGAGAGUGUGCUAUAAAUAAAUAGCGUGAAUACAUACAUCAGUACAAUAAAUUUAAGGUUUACCAUCAGUUUCAGCAUUGCUCUAUUGCCAGACUUCAGGAUUAUCAUUAAUUAAUUUUAAUUCAGUCACAGAUGCCGAAUGCCUUAAUAAAGACUUGAGGUACACUGGAUCAUCUCCACAGCGGGAAGGGGAAAUAUAAAUCUACAGGAUGAGCAACUAAUCUCAGUGUGACAAGCAUUUUCUUCUAUUUUAUAUGUUUUAGAUUCAGCGUUUUAAAAUUACAACGGUGGUAAUGAGGCAAUCUUUUUCAGAUGUCCACAUUUAUAUAGCCUGCAAAACAACAAACAAACAAAGACAAACAGCAAGUUAAAGUAUCAUGGAUGUGCUUUUUCUAGUUCAUCUUCACAAUAUUUUCGUUUCAGCUCCAGCAGCUACAACGUACCCACGACAUUUGCUGCCAAGUCAAGAGAAGUGCCUUCAUUCGCUGACCCCUGUGGCUGUUUGGCUCCGCUGAAGCCGCCUGUGCCUCUGCGCCUGUCCAUGUCUGCUGGAGCUGCCAGCCACACCACAAGCACCAGGACUGCCAUGAUUGCCAGCCUCGUCCGCUGAGGCUGUCUCCACAUUACUGACACCUCCCUCCUCCCCUCCAUCCCUUCCUCUGUCUGCCAGCCAGACCUCUCUCCACCCAUGCCACUCAGCCCUCCUCUGUGGAAGUCAAACACGCCACCUUUCUCCGCAGACAGAGGCCGAUAUUGAAGACACAGCGUUUUUAUCGGCUCGUUUUAGCAGAAGAAGAUUGUCUCUUUGCUCUCCCCUCCACCGGCCCCUCUCCCCCUCCUCCUCCUCUCCUGCUUUCUUCUCUCCUCCAGCCAUGCAUCUUUUCAUCAUGGGCCAACUCGAUCGAUAAUGUGUUUUGCCAUUCAUCUCACCUGACAGUUCAGCUGAGGAGCAAGCAAGGCACAGGGAGAACUGGUGUGCAUGGUGUGGGUGUUUGAAAGAGAGCGAUUACAAAGCAGGUCUCUCUGGCUGUCAGCAGCCUAAGCCCUGGGUGACAGGUGCUGAAGGAGCCCCAAACAAACUCUUAGGAUGGGCCACAGGUGGUAGACGACAGCAAGGCCUCUUAGGCUUAAAUUCAGAGUCAGACCCUGGGGAGAAAACCUGUCAAGUCUGCCUUUUUCCCAUGUCCUUUAUUUGUACUUUCUCAUCAUUUGCCUCAGUGUUAUUAGAAACAUACAGAAAUAGACAUAACUGCAUUUGCUGGAUAUCUAUUACUCUUAAUCGACCCCUCCUUCCUGGUUUAAAAUGGCGGUGAAUGUGACACCGAUCCGGGACACAAAGUGGCUGACACUGGAGGUUUGUCGGGAAUUCCAGAGAGGAACUUGUUCACGACCAGACAGUGAGUGCAAGUUUGCCCACCCUGCCAAGAGCUGUCAAGUGGAAAAUGGCAGAGUCAUUGCCUGUUUUGACUCUCUCAAGGGCCGCUGUUCCAGAGAGAACUGUAAGUACCUGCAUCCUCCUCCUCACCUAAAGACCCAGCUAGAGAUCAAUGGAAGAAACAACCUCAUCCAACAGAAAAACAUGGCCAUGCUAGCCCAGCAGAUGCAGCUCGCUAACGCCAUGAUGCCCGGCACACAGCUACAACCAGUGCCCAUGUUUUCAGUCACACCCAGCCUUGCAACCAAUGCCAAUGCUGCUGCAGCAGCGGCUGCUGCAUUUAACCCCUACCUUGGCCCUGUGUCGCCCGGCCUGAUGCCCGCUGACAUCUUGCCCAGUGCCCCCGUACUGGUCACCAGCAACCCCAGCGUUCCCAUACCCGCCGCUGCUGCUGCCGCCGCUGCUGCACAGAAACUCAUGAGGACAGACAGACUGGAGGUAUGCCGGGAAUAUCAGAGGGGUAACUGCACGCGUGGGGAGAACGACUGUCGCUUUGCCCAUCCUGCAGAUAGCACCAUGAUCGACACCAACGACAACACAGUCACCGUGUGUAUGGACUACAUAAAGGGCCGCUGCUCGAGGGAGAAGUGCAAGUACUUUCACCCUCCGGCUCACCUGCAGGCCAAAAUCAAAGCCGCUCAACACCAAGUCAACCAAGCUGCAGCUGCUGCAGCCAUGACUCAGUCGGCUGUCAAAUCAAUGAAGCGACCCCUCGACGCAACUUUUGAUCUGGGGCUCCCUCCCGUCUUGCCUCCUUUACCAAAGAGACCUGCACUUGAAAAAGCCAACGGUGCCACCACUAUGUUCAAUGCUGGUGUAUUCCCGUACCAACAGGCCCUGGCCAACAUGCAGUUUCAGCAGCAGGCUGCCUUCAUACCAUCAGGCUCGAUAUUGUGCAUGACACCUGCAACAAGUGUUGUACCCAUGAUGCACGGUGCUACCCCAGCCACUGUGUCUGCAGCCACCACAUCUGCCACAAGUGUUCCCUUUGCAACAGCAACAGCCAAUCAGAUUCCAAUAAUAUCUGCAGACCAUCUGACUAGUCACAAGUAUGUGACCCAGAUGUAGAAGUCUCAGAACAAUGGAGCUGGAGCGUGCUGGUGUCAAGUCCAAGAUUAGUGGUCACCCUCCAUGCUCGUAACAUCAGGAGCGAAACGGAGGACCGAACUGGUUUGGAAUAAAUCUGCAUGUUAACAUAGGAGGCACAGUUUGUUAGAAGCGUUUUCAUGUGUACUUCAUGCACACUAUUACACAACAAGAGAAAAGAACAACAUCGCAUCAAAGACUGCCUUGCGUUCUGUAGAGGCAACUGACCUUUAUUCACCAGACACACUUUGAAUGUUAACAUAAGGUAAAUGUGUGGAGCAGUCGCUGAACAGGUCGACUGAAUCGGUACGUCUGUUGACCAAGAAUCAUGACUUACGUUGUGCGUGUUUAUUCAUCGGUUGUUGGUCUUUUGUUUACACAAAGGUGCACCUUGUAUUUCAUUUGAGGAAAAACGAAACAAAUAAUCUGACUGAAUCACAUAUGCAUGCACAAUGAUUUUGUUAAUGAUUUGAUUUUGUUAAACCUGAUAUAAGGGAAAUUACAUGAGUGCACUCAGAGGCAAAAUAGCAACUGAAUGUCUGUGAGGUGUCUUUCAAACCUUUGUAGCCUACCUUUCUAUCUCUUAAGCACAUGUCUUUAAUGUUGCAGGCAUCCCUGUAAAGUGCCAUACAUCUCAAACUACAUGAAUGGUAUAGAAGCAGUGUUACAAAGUGUUGCAACUCAACGACUCCCUUUAAUACGUCUCUUUUCUCUUUUGGACAGCAUGAAGUGUCCAAUGUCAUAGCCCGUCAUUGUCCGUGAUUCCCUAAGAGCACCAUCGGCCCAUUGAUUAGAUGACCGUCCCCGGAUCGUGUGCUUUGCAUAAAUCUUCUACUGAAUGAUUAGCUUUUAAUUUUAUUUUCUUCAACUUUGUUGUUGAUGUCAGUUGUUUAGACGUGAAAUGACUUGACUCGUAAUCCGAGCUCUGUGCGGCCAUUAAGUCUGUUGACUCUAAACGUCAGACGAGUAGACUGUGAGAUCUCAGCCUGGGUGAGAGACCAAAGAAGCUCUCUCAGCGAUGAAACUGUUAUGAUGACACCACAGGGUUAGGAUCAGAUGAUAUCCACGCUGCUGUGAGACAGAAGUCAAAAUCGACAGUGCGACUGGCAAAUACGCGACCUGUACGACCCGAUUUUGUUUUUCAUUGGUAUCGUUAUUCAUAUUUUAAGACAGGUUAAAGUAAAUUCAGUGUAGUGUAUAUAAAGUCAGACAUAUUUAAGAGUAUUUGUUCUUAUGUCUACCUGAGAACUGUUUUUCAGAUAGUCAGCCAAAGUCUUUUCGUGUCACUGUUGUUAGGUGUUGUGGAUAGACUAGUGGGGCUAAAUUCUUAAAAAUAUGUAGCCCAAAGAAGGAUCGAGUGUUUGGAGUAGAUCUCUAGAACUCUUUAUGUUAUUUUAUUUUUUAAUAUUCUGGGUGUUUUUUCAGGCAUAGUCAAUUGGUGGAUAGUACAGGGAAAGUGGCAAGAAUAUAAACGAUUGUAUAACUCAUCCAAAGCCUUAGAAUGUAUUAUCGGGUCAGCACAAUGCAACAUGCCAUUUUGAACCAUCCAGUUGCCUAAUCCACGCCAUAUUAACACACAGAGAGAGCACUAUGUAACUGUCACUUUUUUUUGUCUGUGUUUUCUUAACUCUCUUGUGGUUUUCUUUGUUAGACAACAACAAUUGUUUUAUUGUUUUGUUUGGAUGAUUUUUUUGAUAUUAGUUCAGAUUUUCAGUUUGGCUUAUUAUAUUUAUCUUUCUUAUAAUGAAUAUAAGGUUCAGUGUGUGUGUUUGCGUGUUCCUCAUGCACAGUUCCCUAAAAUUCCAUGUAAUGUUAAUUUUCGUAUGAUUACAAUUGUAAACUCAAUAUUUUCUACGUUAUGCAUAUUGUUGAACUGUAUGCAUAUUGUUCAUUUCGCUAGUCUUUUUGUUUUGUCUUCUUUGAACAAAGAUGUUUUAUAUGAGUAUCUAACAGUAAUGAAAUAAUAGAACAGAGAGGCCCAGGUUGUCGCUGUGGCAACCGUCGCCAAUAAACGAGUAAUAUUUUAAUGAUUGUAAGGUUUGUAACUAGUCAUAUAAGAAAAAAAAAAGACUAUUAUAAAAAUCUAGUUCUUAGAUGUUUAGAGUAAAGAUGUUAUUUUCUACUGUAUCCAUUUCAAAUAGUAACUAUUGUUUUAAUGUUUUUACUCUCCCUGGAAAUUGGGCCAUGUUGGAAAACAAGCUGCAUAUUUGAUCACUUUUGGGGGCGUUGCUGGCGGGGUCAGGUGAACGUGGCGAGUAGGAAACCGAGUCUGAACUCUCGUUUCUUACCCAGCCAUCUGCAAACAACAAGGGUGGGGUGGGGAAUCUUGAGGUGAUAAUGGUUGACUUUUUUGCACUUCUGUACAUAGUCAAAAAAGAAAGAAUCAUGUAUAUUGAGAUCUUAUUUUGAAUAAAAAAAAUAAUGUCUAUCAAGACAAGGAAUUUUGCUAGGAUAACAAAAAAAAAAUCUUAUGAAAGGCUGAACAAAAUUGCUUGCAUCAAAAGGGCACCGAGUUCUCACUCUCCUACCCCUUUCAGAAAAGGCCAAGUGUUGCUCUUCUUUUUUGUCAGCAGCUUGUAGUUUGCCAGGUAACCUUCCGGAGGAGGCAUCCACUACCCUCCAGGGUAAGGGCCUGACUGGGUUUGUCUGGUCCCCCAACCCGCCUGUACUGCACAGGUGUGUGUCAUGGCCACGCCCGCCCAGGCCCAACCAAUCACAACACGUCCUGUCUCUUUACUGUACUCAGAGAGGAAUGCAUGUUAAAGGAAAUACAUAUACAGUUUAAAAAAAGAAAUCACAACACAGUACUAUUGAUUAAGAAAACAUUUACACAGAAAGAUGUAUUUACAGUAUACAAUAUUCUAUCAAUGUAAUGGAAUAAAAUAUAUAUUAAAAAAUAUAAAAAUAGAAUAGUGGUUUAUUUAAAAAAAAAAGAUUCCUGAGAAUAUACUCACUAAAGUUUCACCACUUGGAGAGUUAAAAUACAUGCAACACAAACACCAUAGCUAUAAGUAUGUUCUUUAUGUUUAUGUAAGCUGUGCUUCUAGUAGAUGAAACUGACCGAACCCGAUCGUAGUUCAACAUCAGGUCAGAAUUUAAGAAUAACUGCAGAAUGAUAUACUGCUUCGUAGUUUGGUUAUUAACCAGUUAGUUUGAAAUUUUGUCCUGAUCAUCUUAGUCACCUCUCAUCUUCUACAAGCACGCAUGCUUACAUUUAUGAUAUAAUGUAAACUGAACUUUUUUUGGUUUGUUGUUUGUUUUCUCUGCUUGUAGUGCUAAGAUGAUGUAUUCUGUCUUCUGCUGCAGUUUGUUUCUGCUUGUUUUACUGUUCCGGGCCCCCUGAAAGGAUGCGUCAUGUUUGCAUACCAGCCACCUCGUCUGGAAAGCGUGUGUAGAGAAAACUACUGAUCGCAACAGUCUAAAGCCAUAAAAUCCAAUCAUCUGAAUGAAAUAUGAGAAAAAUUAUAAAGAGUUGGGGUGUGGUAUGUUCUGGAUCUCACAGGAUUGUGUUUGCCUUGGUUUUGAUUAACUAUAGCAUCAUGCAAUAAUUCCAGUCAUGGAGGUAGUUAGUAUAGCUUGUGGUGUGCUGUGCCAACACUGAUGGAUGUGUGGAGUUAAGAGAAAAGUACGUGACCCAUUUUAUUCACGGGGCCUGCAUUGCUAUAUUUGAUUCUUGCUGUUAUGAAUAAAAAAAAUGUAAUAAAAAUUUACAAAUGAACUCAA